GAGAAGCUUGGUUCAGGCACAAAACAAAACCAAUCACUCUGACCUUUAUCUUUUUUUCUGGCUUGCCAUCGUUUCUUCGAGAAAGGGAAGAGCGAUCUCCAUCUUUUGUGCCAGCAACACUAAUUUUAAAAGCUAUUAGAAGAAAAGUUCCUCUCCAGCUCGCCCUCUCUCCAGCAUCGAUCUCUCCUGCAAAAUAUUAGCCAUAAAUUAAAUCUUGUAAUCAAGGGGUAAGAUUGUUAUGAGAUAAAAAGUACUCCCUCCAGUCCUAUUUAUAAGUGAAAUUAUUCAUUGUCAGAGGCUGCACGGCUAGGGAGGAUCCCAAUCCAUCAUUAGGUAGUGUGACAACUUUCCUUUGCAUGAGAGAUGCUGGAGAGAGGGGCAGCUGAAGAGGAUCCAAGUCCUCCUAUUAGUUUCGACAAUGGCGGCCGCAUCCACAACUCGUGAAAAGUACCUGUACAUGGCAAAGCUCGCCGAGGAGGCUGAGGCCUACGAUGAGAUGGUGGAGUUCAUGGAGAAGGUCUACGCAGCUGCAGACAAUGAGGACGAGGAACUCACGGUGGAGGAGAGGAACCACUUCUCGGUGGCCUACAAAAACGUGAUGAACACAAAGCGCGCUUCGUGGCGCGUCAUCGCCUCCAAGGAGGGGAAGGAGGAGAGCCUUGGUAACGAGGACCACCUAGACAACAUCCGCGAAUUUCGUUACAUGGUAGAGUCCCAUCUCUGUAACAUCUGCGACGAUGUCCUCAAUCUCCUCGACUCACGCCUCAUCCCAUCGGCCUCCUCCGCCGAAUCCAAGGUCUUCUACCUCAAGAUGAAGGGUGAUUACUACAGGUACCGCGCCGAGUUUAAGACAUCCGACCAGCGUAAGGAGUCUGCUGAGAGCACCUUAGCCGCUUACAAAUCUGCCGAGGAUAUUGCUAAUGCAGAACUUGCUCCAACUCAUCCAAUUAGGCUCGGUCUUGCUCUGAACUUCUCUGUCUUUUACUAUGAAAUUCUCAACUCUCCUGAUCGUGCCUGCAAAAUCGCAAAAGACGCUUUCGAUGAAGCGAUAUCUGAAUUGGAUACCUUGGGAGAGGAAUCAUACAAGGAUAGCACUUUGAUCAUGCAACUUCUUCGUGAUAACCUCACCCUUUGGACCUCUGAGGUGGAGGAUGAUGCAUCCACUACACCAUUUUUCACUUUAGACCACGCUUAAUUCUUCAACGGAGAAAAAACCGUGGCCUAAGUAUAAUAUAUGCCACGGUUCGAUAAGUGUGGACGCUAGAUGACCACAGGUGAUGAAAACCGUGGCAUCUACAUUUCAUUCCACGGUUCAGUAAUUGUGGACGAUUUAUAGCUACGCUUUAGCAACCGUGGAAACCUCAUAUCAUUAAUAUAACCGUGGAAUAAAAAUUUACAUCUUUUUUUGACAGAAAAAAA